AUGGCGAAUUCGGGCCAUCUUUCACUUGUGGCUAUUGCCAUGAUACGCUCUGAUAUUUUACCGGGCAGCAAGGCUGUCUUGACAUGCGUUUUGUGGUGCCCAUAUGGCCAACGACAAGCCACUAGAACGUGCCAGUUUGCUUGGCUCGGGGGGCCAGGGAACUCCGUUUUGGCAUCAAUGUUGAAGCGAUUAAUUGUAAGUGGUGAAAACUAG